AGCUGUUUUAUGUACCAUUUCUUGCGUAUAUUUAAACGUGCGUGAUUGAAGUUAUGAAAGCAUGGCCGCUAUGAUUUCGUACCGCUUGUGCAGUACAUUGUCAGGUGUUCGCAGCAGUCUCACCCAAGGACUGCUGGACAGUGCCAUCAGAAACACCAAGCCAUGUCUUCUGCAGACGAGACACAUCUCCAGAGUAGCCGCGCCACUCUAUGCCGCCGAGGCCAAGGCGAAGUUUGAGCGCCGGAAGCCCCACGUCAAUAUCGGCACCAUUGGCCACGUCGACCACGGGAAAACGUCGCUGACUGCUGCAAUCACAAAAGUGCUUGCUGAGGAAGGCAAUGCCAAGUAUCACAAGUACGACGAGAUCGACAAAGCUCCCGAAGAGAAGAAGCGUGGUAUCACCAUCAACGCAGCCCACGUGGAAUAUGAGACGCCUAACAGGCACUACGCCCACACUGACUGCCCGGGCCAUGCUGAUUACAUAAAGAACAUGAUCACAGGAGCUGCUCAGAUGGAGGGGGCUAUCCUGGUAGUGGCUGCCACCGACGGACAGAUGCCCCAGACCCGCGAACAUCUGCUGCUUGCUAAGCAGAUCGGAGUGGACCACAUAGUGGUGUUCAUCAACAAAGCAGACGCGGUGGAUUCUGAGAUGUUGGAGCUGGUAGAGUUAGAGAUGAGGGACGUUUUGUCGGAGUACGGCUACGACGGCGAGAACACACCCAUUAUCAUCGGGUCAGCUCUGUGUGCGCUGGAGAAUAAGAGUCCAGACAUUGGCGUCGAGUCCGUCAAGAAACUUCUGGAAGUCGUGGAUGAGUGGAUCCCUCUCCCUCCCCGCGACCUGGAAAAACCUUUCCUAAUGCCCGUCGAACAGGUCUACUCGAUAGAAGGAAGAGGCACCGUUGUGUCCGGCAGGGUCGAAAGAGGGUACAUCACCAAGAAUGAAGAAGUAGAGUUUAUUGGGCAGGACGCCAAGAUUAAGUCUGUUAUUACAGGCAUCGAGAUGUUCCACAAGAUUCUUGACAAGGGAGAGGCGGGCGACCAGAUGGGUACGUUGGUCAGGAACGUGAAGCGAGAUCAGAUCAAGCGAGGCAUGAUGCUGUGCCGACCCAACACCUACAAAGCAAACAACCACAUCAAAGCACAGGUUUACAUUCUCACAAAGGACGAGGGCGGCAGACACAAGCCGUUUGUCAGCAACUUCACUCCGGUCAUGUUCUCCUAUACAUGGGACACGUCGGCCAGAAUCACCUUACCUGAGGGCAAAGAAAUGGUCAUGCCAGGAGAGGAUGUUAGCCUGACCUUGGCGCUACAGAAGAACAUGGUCGUGGAGGUGGGCCAGAGGUUCACCCUGCGUGACGGCCGGAUCACGCUGGGCACGGGAAUCAUCACCGAAAUCCUCCCGCAGAUUGAAAAGAGCUAGUGCAAGUUAGGUUUUGCUGUGUCAGAAAAUAUUCCCC